AUGUCGAGUGCUGAUCGGAUUGACUUUGAAAUGGAAGUAGAGGUGGAAAGUGCGUCGUCUGGACCGGCUGUUGAUCCUCCAAACCCUACUUCACCCGCUCCUCCAACUUCUGGGGGCGCUAAAAGCGUGGUAGUUACGACUGCUACUUCUGGGUCAGUAACAGUUUCACUGCAUCCGCUAGUCAUUAUGAAUGUUUCAGAACAUUGGACUAGGCUGCGCGCACAAGAGGGAUCUCCUCAAACAGUGGUUGGUGCUCUCAUUGGCAAACAAAAAGGAAGAAACAUAGAAGUAAUGAAUUCUUUUGAAUUAGUGUUUAGUGUGAUUGAAGGUGAUAUUGUUAUUGAUAGAGAUUAUUACAAUAUGAAAGAAGAACAAUUUAAACAAGUUUUUUCGGAUAUGGAUUUCCUGGGCUGGUACACAACAGGUGACACUCCCACCGAAAGGGAUAUUGCAGUCCAUAGACAAAUAUGUGAUAUAAAUGAGUGUCCAGUUAUGUUGAUGCUAAACCCUGCAGGAGGAAAUGGAGAUCAACUACCUGUUGUACUGUACGAGUCAGUGAUAGAUGUAGUCAAUGGAAGAGCUACAAUGUUGUUGGCACCACUCACAUACACACUGGCAGCAGAGGAAGCAGAACGGAUUGGUGUUGACCAUGUGGCCAGAGUGUCAUCAGGAGAAGCAGCACUUAAUAGCUUAGUGGCGGAACAUUUAACAGCUCAACGCUCUGCUAUAAAAAUGUUAGUGUCCCGAGUGCGUGCAGUGCUAGCCACGGUGCGUGCCAUCCGAGACGGUACACUACCGCCGCGACCAGCUCUCUUACGAGAAGCGCGCGCUCUUUCCAACAGACUGCCUUUGCUCACGUCACAACAAUUUCGCACACACUUUUAUAAUCAAUGUAACGAUGUUGCAUUAAUGACGUACCUGGGCACAAUCACCAAAGGCUGCAAUGGUAUCAACCAGCUUGUCAACAGAUUCAAUGUUCUCUAUGACAGACAGGGCAUGGGCCGCAGAAUGCGGGGCCUCUUCUUUUAA